GACAUACUUAUACUAAAAAAUUAUUUGUUGUUCAUCUAGAAUUCAAAUAUAACUGGGCGUCCUGUAUUUAUCCGGCAACUCUAACCCUAGGGGAGUUGGCAAUAUCUGAUGAAAUUUUUGAUGGGUGUGGUGGUGCUACUGGCAUCUAGCGGGUAGAGGCCAGGGAUGCUGCUAAACAUCUUACAUUCCCUCUAUGGACAAAGAAUUAGCGGAUCCAAAAUGCCAGUAGUACUAAGGCCAUGAACUUUAAGGGUCUCUCGCAGACUGACAGUGCCUGGGCUUUCUAAGUUCAUCUUCCUUUUGGAAAGGCAGCAUGUGGUUAGUGAGAGGAGGAAGUCCAGGGCUGGAUCUUUAAAAUCCUGUGCACACAACUUCUUGCGGCUAAUAACGCAACGGCUAGGAGCUAGACUGCCUAUCGCAGCAGGCGGAAGAAUGAUGUAGAAAAGAUCGCAUGCGAAGCGCACUGGGGGCAGUAAAGCGCUCUGCACACUCCGGAUAAGUCGGACCACAACGCUUUGUAACUUAAGUGCCUCUGACACAGACUGAGCUAUCCUCUAAGGCCGACCAAGAACAAAUCCUCCUACGGCCGGGAGUAGGAAGGCGUUGAGUAGCACACUGGAAACGGCCUGGUAAAGGCGUCCUUCUCCCCUAGCAACGGUCGUGAAGGAAGUGGUUGCAGUAGCCGUGCCCUUUGCGCCUGUGCGGAGGCGCGGUCUGCUAACGUGGAGCUGCGCUCCGGCGGUAGAGCCGGGAGCGCCACGGAGUGUGGGAGACCCGGUAGGUUGGCGGAGCUGCAGUUAGGGCCGGGAUGGCGGCGCAGCUCGCUCCGCGCCGGGUAGCCGGCGCUGCCGGGCGGCGCUGGUUGGCUUUGCUGCCUCUAAUGCUGCUGGCGCGGCCCGCGGGGGCCCUGUUGGAGGGGCUCUAUUGCGGCACGCGCGACUGCUACGAGGUGCUGGGGGUGAGCCGUACGGCGAGCAAAGCGGAGAUCGCGCGGGCCUACCGCCAGCUGGCCCGGCGCUAUCACCCCGAUCGCUACCGGCCCGAGCCUGGCGACGAGGGCGCCGGGCGGACGCCACAGAGCGCUGAGGAGGCCUUCCUGCUAGUGGCGACCGCUUACGAGACUCUCAAGGAUGAAGACACACGAAAAGAUUAUGACUACCUGCUGGAUCAUCCAGAAGAGUACUACAGCCAUUACUACCACUACUAUAGCAGGCGUUUAGCCCCUAAAGUGGAUGUUAGAGUUGUAAUUUUGGUCAGUGUUUGUGCUAUUUCCGUGUUUCAGUUUUUCAGCUGGUGGAAUAGCUACAAUAAAGCAAUCAGCUACCUAGCUACAGUGCCCAAGUACCGUAUCCAAGCUACAGAAAUCGCCAAGCAGCAGGGACUGCUAAAAAAAGCCAAAGAAAAAGGCAGAAACAAAAAGUCCAAAGAGGAAAUUCGUGACGAGGAGGAGAACAUCAUAAAGAACAUUAUAAAGAGUAAAAUAGAUAUAAAGGGAGGCUAUCAGAAGCCCCAAAUACGUGAUCUUCUCCUGUUUCAAAUUAUCUUGGCUCCUUUUCACCUGUGCUCAUAUAUAGUCUGGUAUUGCCGGUGGAUCUAUAAUUUUAACAUCAAAGGCAAAGAAUAUGGAGAGGAAGAGAGACUGUAUAUCAUACGUAAAUCUAUGAAGAUGUCAAAGUCUCAGUUUGACAGUCUAGAGGAUCAUCAGAAAGAAACUUUUCUUAAACGGGAGCUCUGGAUAAAGGAGAAUUAUGAGGUCUACAGACAAGAACAAGAGGAAGAACUAAAGAAAAAAUUGGCAAAUGACCCUAGAUGGAAGAGAUACAGGAGAUGGAUGAAGAAUGAAGGACCUGGCCGGCUAACAUUUGUGGAUGACUGAAUUACUGGAAUGCUACUGUGCCAAACCACAAUUGUGAUAUUAUUUUCAUAACUGAAUUAUUUUAGAAAUGUAUCAGUUGCUCCUCAGCAGUAACUAAAAUUCUUCAAGUAUUUGAUUAAAAAGAAUAAUGUAGAAAUUUAAACUUUCCCCUAAAACUUUGUACAUAAGACAUUUAUGAUUGUUCAAUUUUUAUAAUCUAUUUGUGGGUUUUGUGAAAAGAUUUGACAUGAAGAUCUAUUCAUUGCCAUUUAAAAAUUUUAUAUGUCUAGUUAAAAGAGUUGACAUGAAAAUUUAUCAGAUACCAUUUAGAAUUU